AUGGAGAAUCAUGAUCCUCUCAAAGAAAUUGUGAACCCUCAACAGUACAAAAUCAUCAAGGACCUUGUCCACAAUCCUGAUGCAACAGUCGAUAACGCCCUCCAACAAAUUGUCGAUUUGAUAUUGACCGCACACGCGACUCCCAAUGAAGAGGAAUAUUUCACACCUGGCAAUGUUGACUAUUACACCUCCUUGGGCCUGAUGAAUCUCGUUCAGGACUUGGAGCCAACAAAGCACAGGAAGCUGGUUGAGUUUCUCUACGGACUCCAAAAGCGGACGGCACGGGAUCCCUCGUCAGGCGAGCCAUUUAGAACACAGGGGAAUAUUUUCUGGACAGACCUGCCAUCUUGUGGGUAUACAGAACUGGAAAUAUGGCAGGAGUUUGGCGGUGGUUAUAAGGAUCCGGGCACACUCAAACUGAGAAACGAGCAAAGACAACGAUGGCUGAAACUUACAGCAUUUAUCGCCCAGUUCAACCAGGCCGCGGAUGUGAGCUAUGAACCCCCACUGGACCAAGGAUACAACAUCCAUCCCUUGGAUAGGCCGCACCGGGCAGUGCAGACGUUCCAGCUCGUCCUUGAAAAUGACGACGCCCCCAUGCACAGGCUUGCGAAGACAGCUACCAUGGAGGCUACGUGCAUAUGGUCCAUCUAUAGUGCGGAUCGGUUGUGGAAAAUGUCCGAUAUGGUCGGACUUACGGUAUGGACGCUGGAUUGGGGCUGGGGUGUACGAGUUUCAAGGAUCGGUGGAUAG